ACCGAUGGAUUUGAUCACGAAAACGAACGGCUGAGAUGUGAGAACAGGGGAAUGAAGGACGGAGAUAUGACGGUUGAAGGAGUGACCGGAUCCGCAUGAAUUGGAGAGGAUCCGAAACAUCAAAGCCCUCACCCGAAUUGCCGUCGCUGCAACGGCACAAGGCUCUCCCGUAGGUCGGGAUCGCUUAGAGAUGAAACGGGUCUUCGGCGCCAAGAAGAAUAAGGAGCCGCCGCCGACGAUCCAGGACGCGACCGACAAGAAGGGGUGUCACAGUGGAUGAGAAAAUCAAGAAACUUGAUGCUGAAUUAGCUAGAUACAAGGAGCAGAUUAAGAAGGCUCGACCUGAUCCAGCUCAAGAAGCUGUUAAAGCUCGAGCGAUGAGGGUCCUUAAGCGAAGGAGAAUGUAUGAGGGAUAGCCUGACAUGCUGCAUAACCAGACAUUCAACCUCGAUCAAGUUGCCUUUGCCACAGAGGGAAUUAAGGAUGCUGAACAGACUAUGUCAGCACUGAAGUCUGCUAACAAGGAGUUGAAAGGGAUGAUGAAAAUUGUGAAUACCUCAGACAUAGAUAGUAUGCAAGACAAGAUGAUGGAUUUGAGUACAGAAAUCCAAGAAUCUUUGGGAAGAAGCUACAAUGUUGCCAAUGACAUUGAUGAGGAAGAACUAAUGGGAGGCAUGAGCUAGAUGCGCUGGAAUCAGACAUGGUUGCAAAGAUGGAAUCUGAUGCAAUUCCAUCCUAUCUUCAACCUGAUACGGAAACGGAUCUGGAUGCAAAACUCAACUUACCUGCAGCUCCAACAAGCAAUGCUGCGGCAAUGCCCAACAGAGCGAGGCAGCAGACCGAGGAUGAACUAGGUUUACCUGCUGUACCCCAAAGCUUCUAUACUCAGUUAAAAGAACACUGUUCACAGAAUGGCAAAGCUCAUAUUCAUGACAGCCACAAUGUUCUUCAUAUUUACAGUAGGACAUACAUUAUGGGUAUAUGGACAUACAUAUACUCCCCGAUACCGUUCAGGAAAGACGAAGGAGAAUCCUACCGUCACAUCUCCGUCAGGACCGACGGCACCUCCUCCGCCUCCUCCAGUCGAAGAUGGCGGCAAGCAGACAGGGCCCUCGCGGAGCCCCGUGAUCCCGCAGGAGAUUCGACAACCGGGCGCGGAAGCGGUCUUCGCCGCGUCCCCCGAAACCCCCCCGGCCGGCCGGCGUUCGUGCCGAGGCUGAUGGGGCUCGAGGACCUGUCGGCCCUCACGGUUGCUGUGACACCGGAAGCGGCGGGAGCUGCAGCGGGCUCUGGAGAAGUGCGACGAGGACCUCAGUACCCUGAGGCGGAUCAUCGAGGCCGUCCGCUUGGGGGAGAUCCACGCUAAGGCGGUCUCCUCCUCCGUCGGUUCGGGAGGGCCGAUCAAAUCGGACGGCCUGGAUGCAUGGGAGGAGUGCGACGGCGAGCAGCCGAGUCCCCCGUCUCGGUCCUCGACGCGAUAUCGUCGCCUCGGUAUCGGUCAAAAAGACGCCCAAUUGAGACCAAGGAUACUACAGCCGUCGGAUCCAGGAUGGUGAAGCCAUCACGUCUGGGCUUUCUCUUCGUGGGUGAGCAAAUCCAAAGACGGCAAAAGCCAAUAAUGCACCGAACGACUGUGCAGGAGAGAGUUACAAUAAUGCACCGAACGCUGCCAAGUUGAUCGAAGCGAUGCCGUUGGUGGUCGAGCCGACGGGACGAGAGAUCAUGACGAUGGUCGAAGGCGUUCGGCAACAGUGCUGGAGGAGGAGGAGGAGAACAAGCCGGACGAUGGCGGAGUCCGUGGAGGAGGUGUGGGAGGUGGCGAGGGUAGGGGUGUGGAUGGAGUGUGUAAUCUUGAGGGAGUUGGUGGUGGAGUUGUUGGGGUGGUGUUGCAGGUUGGGACUUGUAGGAAGAGAUUAUACUUUGACUUGCAUGUUUGAUUGAUCCAUGAGGCUCAAAAAAUAUGUAUCAUUAGGUGAUUGGCAUCA